CCGAAACGUUGCCUAUUUCCUUCGCUCCACAGAUGCUGCCUCACCUGCUGAGUUUCUCCAGCAUUUUUGUCUACCUUCGAUUAUCCAGCAUCUGCAGUUCCUUCUUGAAUAUAAAGGGUUAAAUCGUUUUGUUAUUGAAGGUAGACGGAUGAAUUGAGAGCUCCUGUGUCUGACCCCAAUCCUAACCAUCUGAGCCUUUUUUCUCUGAAUGAAAGGCGAGAAUAGUGGAGAUGAAUCAUAGUUUUCUGUUUAUCUAAACCUCCCACAGAUGUGGCCUAAUCGCUGUUCAAAAGCUCGCUACUGAAAAUCAAUUGGACGCAGACUAGUCCAGCCUCCAUAGUGAUCACAGGCUCUCUCUUGAGCUGAAAGUAACCUUUUUUUCCCCUCUCUCAGCUGAGCAGAGGGUGGGGAUAGGUUACCCGACCACACUGAACCAGCCACCAGCCUCUCUCUCUCUUACUUCUUGUGAGCGGAACCAACUCUUGCCUCAAAUCUGUGCUGGAAGCUGGAAGAUUAAAAGUUCCUUAAAACUGAAGAAGCGCGAGGUUGUCUUGAGAACCGGCAUGAUGUAUCUGCAGGCUCUCCUUGGUGCAGGUCUGGCCGUUCUCUGCUUCAGCCUGGUCGUUGGUUGUGCUAUCUGUUGGCGGAAGGGAAAGCACCGGCUUGCUGCCGCUGGCAAGGAGCAGGCAUCGGAGCGGAUCGUGCUGGACCCCAGCGCCGGGCUGCUCGGACACGCCGGCACUCCCGUUAAACAGCAGUACGAGGAGAUCGAGGGCUCGGUUCUGGACAACCCGCACUGCCCCCCCGCCAACGGGCCAGACCUCGGACAACGGGGCAAACCUGGUCCACACGGACGGGCAUCCUUGCCCUUCAUCCCACCGGUCCAAAAGGCCGGCAAAACCAGGCGCAUCCUGGAGCGCCGGUGCACGGUGUCGGGAGACAGCUGGUACUACAGGGACCCCACCGCCAUCGGUCAUUCCCAGACUGCGCCGGACGUGAAGACAAAGGCCAGGCCUCUCCUGCACUUCACGCUCCUCUACUCGCCCUACGAGAUGACUCUGACGGUGAGCGUGAUCGGCCUCCACAACCUCCCCAAGAAGUUUGGCCCCAACUGCGACUCGUAUGUGCGGGUGCGGCUCCUGCCCAAGGUGGCGGACGCCCAGCAAACCGCCACGCGCAGGAAGAGCAUGAACCCCGACUUCCGGGAGAGUUUCCAGUUCUCGGGGUACAGCCUGGACGAGAUCAGGCGCUUCAAGCUUCGCUUCGCCGCCUAUGUCAAGGAGUUCCACAACCUGAAAGACACCUUCGUGGGAGAGUUGCUCUUCCCACUGGAGCAGGGCGACUGGGAGUCGGACACUUCCCCCACCUACACCAGGGAGUUGACCAGCACCAGGACUAAGCUCAAAAAGUGCCUCAGCAGCCAUGAUGUGGUGAGCCCCACCAGCGGCAGCCCAGCGCACACCAAGCCCGUUGGUCAACUGUUCAUCCUCCUGCAGUACCAGACACUUGCGAACCGCAUCAAGGUCAUGGUGCGUAAAGCCGAGACCCUCGGCCGUCUGACCCGCAUCCCAGGGUCACCAGACCACUGCGUUAUUAUAAAUCUUUACAAAGAUGGCAAAGUUAUUGCCACCAAGGAAACAAAAACUUCAAGUGGCUACAAUCCUGUGUGGAAUGCUCCAUUUCUCUUUGACAUCCCUUCAGGGAACAUUGAAAGUCUGGCUGUCUCGUUGGAGUUCAUUGUCAUGCAGGGCCGUAUUUACACCAGAAGCUGUGUCCUGGGCCGGGUGCUCAUCGGGGCCGAUGCCCCCGAGAUGGGGAGGAUGCACUGGAAGGAGAUGUCCAGCCGCGGCCACGUGGAAACCGCACGGUGGCACGCCAUCCAGUCGGACGCUGUGUAGACGACCACGUGUAGACGUCAUAUCUCAUUCCCCCCGCCCUCCCCUCAGCGACAGCCUGUACGUUGAUAAAUGUCCCAUCCUACGUCAAUUUGAAGCUUGGUGUGGUCAACCUGAUGCUACCCUUGUUGGCCUAGAUGUUACCCUUGUUGGCCCAGUCCUGUCCAGUCCAGUACUAGUUGCCAAGGGACCACGUCGAGACCAUUUCAUCUCUAAACUUAUAAGAUCAUGGUCUAUCACCCCGCCAUUUUAACAAGCAGCGGACUCUAGCGAAUGUGGUUGCCGGGUACUUCCUAGAAUGAAAUAACUGGUCCUCAGUAGGGUCACGGUAGCGUUACAACCACACGCAUGUGUUCAUGAGAGGCUUCCCCCAGGGUGGGUCUCACGAAGGGUCUCGCAUCUGGAGAUACCAGAACAGGUGAUCAAAGGAUUGGUCAACGAAACAACGUUCAAAGGGUAUCGCAAAGAAAGGGAGGGAAAAAUAAUUUGCCCAAUUGAAUUCCAGAACUUGGGUUCCAUGGGCUUGAAGGGAAUGGACGCCAAUGGCGGAACGAUUGAAAUGAAGGACGUGCGACAGAGUUGGGAUCUUGGAGGAGAUCUUUUAGAGAUAGGUGAAGCUAAGAUGCUUCGAGAAGCAGAAUGAGAUUUUUCUUAAUGUGCUGUGGCUAUGCCAAGACUCGACCCCAACCAAAGGCUCAACACCAGGCAGCAGGCAAAGGUUUGAAGAGGGUAUCAGACUUGAUGGUUGAAUGGGGACUUGGUGUGAAUUGGGUCCCCGAUGGAAGUCAAGAAACACUAGAACACCUGAGGGGUGAAUGUGAUCCCAAAUGCCACUGGUCAUGUUGUAGAUGGAGGUGGGAUGGAUUUGCAAGGUGUGGUGGGUUAAGGUGCACCGCUGAACACAUUGGCCUGGUUAGACCUCCCCCCAUGGUAGACCCUAUCUUCAGGAACAUCAGUCACAAGAUUCUCCAAAUGGUCAGUCGUGGAAACAACUGCAUCGCACGCUCCAGCGAGAAGCUAUCUAGCGAUUGCCCUCGCGCCCAAAGUGGGCCGAUGGCCCUGAGUAAGGUGGAGAGAGGAAUAUAGGAGCUAAUUAACACAGAAAGAUCAUUCAUUGUAAUUGUAAGCGGCUUUGCAUCAGAAGUGGAUCCAGGAUGGGUUUGGAGGGAUGUAGACCAAACGUGAGCAGGUGGAACAAGUGUAGCUGGGGCACCUCCGCUCGGUCCGCAAUAACCAACCUGACCUCCCGGUGGCUCCGCACUUCAACUCCCCCUCCCACUCCGUAUCCGACCUCUCUGUCCUGGGUCUCCUCCAUGGCCACAGCGAGCAACACUGGAAAUUGGAGGAACGGCACCUCGUAUUCCGCUUGGGGAGUCUGCACCCUGGGGGCAUGAACAUUGAAUUCUCCCAAUUUUGUUAGUCCUUGCUGUCUCCUCCCAUCCCCCAGCCUUCGGGCUCCUCCUCCUUUUUCCUUUCUUCCCCCC